AUGAAAAAAAUGCUACUCGCUACUGCGCUGGCCCUGCUUAUUACAGGAUGUGCUCAACAGACGUUUACUGUUCAAAACAAACCGGCAGCAGUAGCACCAAAGGAAACCAUCACCCAUCAUUUCUUCGUUUCUGGAAUUGGGCAGAAGAAAACUGUCGAUGCAGCCAAAAUUUGUGGCGGCGCAGAAAAUGUUGUUAAAACAGAAACCCAGCAAACAUUCGCAUUUAUACUCCGCUGGAAGCGCGUGUGUAUUGCUCACAAUAAUUGCAUGAGUUGCCCAUCGAUAUGGGCAACUCUAUCUGCACUGCUCAUUAAUAUACUUCUGGGUUCCUUCCAGUUGUUUUUGCAUAGUGAUCAGCCUCUCUCUGAGGGUGAAAUAAUCCCGUUCAGCGGUGUCUGCCAGUCGGGGGAGGCUGCAUUAUCCACUCCGGCGCCUGUUGAUUUGAGUUUUGGGUUUAGCGUGACAAGUUUGCGAGGGUGA